UCCAGUUGUUUAUUUGAUUUUUAGAUGAGUGGUUCUGUUUUGAAGGAGGUCUGACACCCAAUGCUUUCUGUUUUGUUUAUUAAUGACGUCGGCAUCAUCACUUGAAGCGCAUUUCUCCACAAACAAUGGCCCUUCACUGGUCAGAUAACGUACACACCACAGCGUUCACGCCGCGCGACUAUCAAGUGGAACUGCUUGCGGCCGCCGUCGAAAAGAACAUAAUUAUAUGCCUGGGACACAAUUCCUCGAGGGAGUUCAUAGCGCUCAAGCUAAUCCAGGAACUCGCCUACCAGAUCCGAUCAACCGUUCCGCGGAAAGUCUCCCUGUACCUGACCAACGAAACGACCGGCGAAUCGGCCUACAAUCUGCUCUACCACUUGACAGAUCUGAAAGUUUACAAUGCCAACCUGGAGGACGAAGAGAUCCGCUGGAUGGAUGUCUUCCACGGGUAUCAAGUGAUCAUCGUAAGCCCGAAGAAAUGCUUGGAAGCGUUGCAGGUUUUUCAGCUGGACAGCGUUAAUGUGGUGGUUGUGGAGGAUUGUCACAAGGAGGGUGAGCAAGGGAUUGUGCGUUUUAUUUUUGAGAACUUUUACCGAAAAUGUAAGCAAAAGCCAAAAAUCCUGGGCUUAGCUGGUCCGUUACAUAGCGCUGGGUGCUUACCGGGGCAGCUGCGUCCAGAGUUGGAGGUGCUCGAAAAUUGUUUGGAUUGCAGAGCAGAGACGGCAAGUGAUAUUGUUACCGUUUUAAGAUAUUGCACAAAACCAUCUGAGUUCAUCCUACAAUGUUCUCCCCUAAAACGUGAUGAUUUCGUAGAUGUCCUAGAAGAACUAGUCACAACACGAAAAGCAUACUUAAACGAUCAUCGUUACGAUCCUUCAGAAAUCUACAGCGAUGAAUUUCUUGAAGAAUUACAAGCCAUUCCGGAUCCCAAGAAGGAACCCGUCGAUUUCCUUGAUAACUAUCUAAAAGUCCUACAUGAAAUGGGUCCUUGGUGUGCAGAUCGUGCAGCGCUACAUUUACUUGCUCAAAUCGAGAAACAGAAAGUGAAGACGCCAUAUGAGAGGCAUUUCUUAUUAUUGUGCCUUGUAUCAACGACUUUUGUGCAAAUUCGAGCAUUUUCGGAUUUCAUGUUUCAAAAAAUUCCAAGUGAGAAGGAACGCAUCGAGCGGUAUUCAAGUCCAAAAGUGUUACGCUUGUUGCAAACUUUGAAAUUGUUCAAACCAGAAGUGACGAAAAAGGAUGACGGAGCGGAUAACGAAGUUUUGAAUAAACUUGCCGAAGACUUGGAGAACAUGGACAUUCCGAAAUUGGCGACUUGUCUUGAAGCACAGAUCAAAACUGUUUCCGAGCACAAGAAUGGAGAUGCCUCGCGUAUAGUAGACGGCCUAGAGAGUAUACUGAAUAUAGUUCAUCCGGAAACUGUGGAGAAACGAAUAACACAACAUUCAGGAAAAGAGCUCGAAUCAACCACCGCCAAAUACGGCUCGAAUAUUAAACGACCAAAGCGAAAAUAUCAACCUGGGAGUCGAUUCAAAGCGAACCAAAAUGCUAAUGACCCCGACGCUCUUUGUGGAAUAAUUUUCUGUAAUGAUAAGAAUACGGCAAAAAUCCUUUUUAAUUUACUUUACGAAGUGUCACGACACGAUCCUGAUCUCGAUUUUCUCAAAGUGCAAUACACAGUUGAUCGUGUGGCGGAUCCACUGAAAGAAGCCAAAGAAGCUGAAAUUGAACACCGGAAACAAGAGGAAGUCCUGAAAAGGUUCCGCAUGCAUGAAUGCAAUGUGUUAAUUGGAACGUCUGUAUUGGAAGAAGGAAUUGAUUUGCCAAAGUGUAAUUUGGUUGUGCGAUGGGAUCCCCCUUCGACAUAUCGUAGCUAUGUGCAAUGUAAGGGUAGGGCUCGAGCAUCGCAAGCCUUUCACAUGAUUCUCGUUGGAAGUGAUAUAGACUGCAAAUCAGUUGAUAACGAAACGUUGUGCGAUGGAAGUCAUUAUUUCGUUUGCUCGAGGAAAACUCCUGAAAGUUUGGUUGCGAAUGAGGAGCCAACGUCAAACGGAGACGACGAAUCUGAGAAGCAAGAAAUGCACCGUGUGCAAUGCGUAGUAGAACCAUCAACUGAAAAAGAAGAUAAUAACAGACGAAUCUACGAACAUGGUCUCGUUGAAAUGAAAAACACUACUGAGAAAAUGGUCGAAUCCUUAGCUCAAUAUAUUGAAAUCGAGAAGAUGCUGUUGAGGAAAUGUGCCAACGUUGAACCAGCAGAAAAUGAACACGAGGUGGCCGAUAGAUAUAACGAAAGUAUUGAACCGUACAAACCGCUUCCCGAACUUCUGACAGGUGCAUCCGUUAAUUUGGGUACUGCCAUUUCGUUAAUUAAUCGUUAUUGUGCCAAACUACCAAGUGAUACUUUCACUAAACUUACCCCAAUCUGGCGGUGUGCACAAACGAUUCGAAAUGGCGUUACUCUGUAUCAGUAUACGCUGCGAUUACCAAUCAAUUCACGGCUUAAACGAGACAUUCUGGGGAUACCGAUGCCUACAAAAAUCUUAGCAAGACGUGUCGCAGCUUUGAUAGCUUGCCGAGAGCUGCAUAGGUACAAUGAGCUCGAUGAUACUUUGCAACCAAUUGGUAAGGAGGCCUUCAAAGCAACUGAACCAGAUUGGGAAAAUUUCGAAUUAGAAAAACUGGAUGAACAAAUAGUCAAUGAAAAUUUAGAACCGAGACCAGGAACUACAAAACGGAGACAAUACUAUUAUAAACGGAUCGCUUCGGCCUUUUCCUUCUGCCGGCCAGUUGUUGGUGCAAGUACGUUCCUCUAUAACAUAAAAAUGACACUCGAAUGCCCGAUACCUGAAGAGCAAAAUACUCGUGGUCGGAAGAUCUAUCCUCCCGAAGAUGCUGUUCAAGGUUUUGGAAUUUUGACGCUUAAGAAAAUCCCAAAAGUCAGCGCGUUUCCCAUAUUCACAAGAUCCGGUGAAGUGAAGGUGUCUUUAGAACUCUCUGAUGAUAGUAUUAUCCUGAACGAGGAACAAAUUCAGCGGAUUAAUCAUUUUCUGAAUUUCACAUUUACUAACGUUCUAAGAUUGCAAAAAUAUCUGAUGCUUUUCGAUCCCGAAGCAAAUGAAAAUUGCUUCUUCAUUGUGCCAACAGUGAAGAGUGAUCAGGGAAUUCUCGUUGACUGGGAUUUUCUCAAUGUGAUUUAUAAUAACACCGAGAAGCUUCCCAAACCAGUUUCCGAUGAUGAAAGAAAGUCAGAGACCUUCGAUCCAAACAAAUUUAAAGAUGCAGUAGUCAUGCCUUGGUAUCGAAAUCAGGAUCAGCCACAAUAUUUCUAUGUGGCAGAAAUAUGUUAUCAUUUGUCACCUGAGAGUUCAUUUCCUGGCGAAAAUUACAGCACUUUUAAGGAGUACUAUUUUCGGAAGUACGGGAUUACCAUACAAAAUUCUAAACAACCCUUGCUCGACGUCGAUCAUACAAGCGCUCGCUUGAAUUUCCUGACACCUCGCUAUGUCAACCGAAAAGGAGUAGCUUUGCCAACUAGCUCGGAGGAAACUAAAAGAGCAAAGCGAGAGAAUCUUGAACAGAAACAAAUUCUUGUUCCAGAACUCUGCACCAUACAUCCGUUCCCAGCAUCAUUGUGGAGAGCUGCAGUCUGCUUGCCGUGUAUUAUUUAUCGUAUCAAUGCACUCUUAUUGGCGGAUGAAAUACGAAAACAAGUCUCAUAUGAUAUCGGGCUGGGAAAAAUGGAAAUCGAUGAUGAGAAUUUCGAAUGGCCUAUUCUUGAUUUCGGGUGGAGUUUAUCAGAAGUGCUGAAGAAAUCACGCGAAGCAAAAUUAAUGGAUGUUUCGGAGAAUAAUGCGGAACAGGAGACGGAGAAAUCGGCAGAGGAUAAAAGUAAUACGGAAGGUGAGGAGGAGAAGAAGGAUAGUGGAAAUGAUGGAGAAGAAGGCAAACCUAGUGAAUCAGAUGAGAAAGAUGAGAAAACGGCCAAUGACUUAUUAGAAGAGGCUGAUGAGAAAUUGAAGAAUGAAAGCUUCAUUGAGAUUGGAACGUGGUCGAAUGAUAUGGCGGAUCAGUAUAUGGGUGAUAGCAACGAAAACAGCGACGAGGAAUGGGGACUUUUGCCACCAAAUGUGAACUUGUGUUCGCGUAAUAACACCAAAAUUCGUUAUGGCUCACCGACUUCAUGGGACGUAGGAACGCCAAAUCACACCCACCCAAUGAACAACUACUACAGCGAUUCAGAUGCAUCAUUCCAAUCGGAAGACGAUUAUGAUAUCGCUUCAAUCGAUAGCAACGAUGAUCACGCCGGGCCAAUCAGAAUUGAGUUUAAAGCCAAUAAUGUUGCCGAAGCAAUUGAAACUGAGGAGGAAAUUCUCAAACGUGAAAAACAGUUAGCAAUAAUUCAAGACAGCAACGCCAACGAAAAAUAUUAUCAAAUAAUGAAAAACAUCGAAACGGGUUUCGAUUGCUUUCUUCGAAACGAACAAGACACCAAUGCAUUGCAAGACUAUGAACGUUUCGAAAAAGAAUUUUUGGAAUCAAUUGAAAUUUUAAGAAAAGAAAUUCUUGCCUCGGGCAUGCUUAUAACCCAUGAAGCCAAUUUAACUCUUCCAAAACUAGAGGCGAAAAAAGUGGAGUCUUACAAGAGCGAUUUCAAAACACUAUGUCAGUUAGUACCUUAUGUGGAUCCAGAUGAAUUGCGUUCUUUUUAUGAAGUUAAGGGCAUUAACGUAGACGAUGGUGCCAGUUUUAAAAUAAGACUGGACGAUCUUAUAGAAAUAAACCGUAGAAACUUAAGCAGUAAACCUGAGGGUUAUAUAAUCGACGGAACUGGUGAUAUUUUCGAUAACUUUAGUGAUAGCUGGACACUUGUCCGGAAAAAUGAUCAAAAAUUAAUACAAAUCGAUUACAACGAAAAACCUAUAUCCCUGAAUGGCUUUGCAACCGAAAAUGGAUUUCACACAAACACAGAAACAAGAAAAGAUGCAGAAAUUAAGUUUAGUUUCGACUAUCAGCCAGAUUUAGUCGGUCAUCCGGGGCCAAGCCCUAGUAUAAUACUACAAGCGUUAACUAUGUCGAAUGCCAAUGAUGGAAUCAAUUUAGAACGACUCGAAACUAUUGGCGAUUCCUUCCUGAAAUAUGCAAUAACUACAUAUUUGUAUUGUACUUAUGAGGAUGUGCAUGAGGGCAAAUUGAGUCAUCUCAGAUCGAAACAGGUUUCAAAUUUGAAUCUGUAUCGAUUGGGCCGACGAAAGGUCUUAGGAGAAUGUAUGAUUGCUACAAAGUUUGAACCGCACGAUAACUGGCUUCCACCUUGUUAUUAUGUGCCAAAGGAGCUCGAGAAGGCGUUAAUUGAUGCAAAGAUUCCAGCAUGCCAUUGGAAUCUCGCUGAUUUACCAAACGUUAAAGAACUGAGUAGUGAAGAAAUUUGUGAGUUAGUGAAAAGGAAAGCCCAAUCGCUUGGAUUAGGAGAAGAUAUGGAUAUCGAAAUUACUACGGAGGCCGCUAAACGAGAUGGAGUUGAAGGAGCUGAUGACUUUCCAUGCUUUAUCCCUUACAAUUUGGUUACACAACAUAGUAUUCCAGAUAAAUCCGUUGCCGAUUGCGUUGAGGCUUUAAUUGGAGCCUAUUUAAUCGAAUGUGGACCGCGUGGAGCUCUCUUAUUCAUGGCUUGGUUAGGUAUUCGAGUUCUGCCAAUAAAGAAAGUCAAACAUGACCCGUGCUCACCGGUGAUUCCUGGGAGUACACGAGCGGAUGAUGACAAUCAAGUAGUGAUUUAUGGUGAAUGGACUCCACCGAAAAGUCCUUUAUUGAUAUUCAGUCCAAAUGCUCAUGAGUCUUUGGAACUUUUGCUCGAUGGUUACUCGGAAUUCGAAACCGCAAUUGGAUAUCAUUUCAAGGAUCGAUCAUAUCUACUCCAAGCCAUGACUCACGCAAGCUACUCACCAAAUCGAUUAUCGGAUUGCUAUCAGCGAUUGGAAUUUUUAGGAGAUGCUGUUCUAGAUUACUUGAUAACUCGACAUUUAUAUGAAGAUCCGAGGCAGCAUUCACCUGGAGCUCUGACGGAUUUACGAUCAGCGUUAGUGAAUAAUACAAUUUUUGCAUCUUUAGCAGUGAGGCAUGGCUUCCACAAGUACUUUCGCCAUUUAUCGCCUGGAUUGAAUGAGGUGAUUGAUAGAUUUGUGCGCAUUCAACACGAAAACGGGCAUAGUAUAAGCGAGGAGUACUACCUUCUCUCUGAGGAAGAAUGUGAUGAUGCUGAAGAUGUGGAAGUGCCAAAAGCAUUAGGAGAUGUUUUCGAAUCAGUUGCUGGUGCGAUCUUUUUGGACUCGAAUAUGUCAUUGGAUACAGUGUGGAAAGUGUACAGCAAUAUGAUGAGACCGGAAAUAGAACAGUUCAGUAAUUCAGUGCCAAAAUCACCGAUUCGUGAAUUACUUGAACUGGAGCCUGAAACAGCUAAAUUUGGAAAACCGGAAAAAUUAGCAGACGGUAGACGGGUACGUGUUACCGUGGAAGUUUUCGGUAAGGGCACAUAUCGGGGAAUUGGUCGAAAUUAUCGAAUAGCGAAAUGUACGGCAGCCAAAUGUGCAUUAAGACAAUUAAAGAAACAAGGAUUGAUAUCAAAAAAACAUUAGAUGUAAGUUUUCUAUGAAUUUUCUUUGCUUUCCCUUUCGUCCUCGAAUCGAAUAUGUUGUGGAAGAUGAAGCAAUAUGAAUAAUUUUUAAAAAUUUAGCCAAUGAAUGUAAAUGAAAUGUUUUAUGGUGACCAUUUUUGUAUUACGAUUAUGCUUCCAAAGUUACGACAAUUUUUUUUCUCUUUUAUUCUACGUUUUGUUGACACGAGUACAUAUUUUGCAUGAUAUUUUGGAAAAUUAUUUUCUCCUGUAAAAUAACGUUUAAUCUAGGCUAUAAGUGUAGAAAAGAAUUGAAUAAACCGUUUUGAAUAAUGAAUUUA